GUGAAGGGACGGGCUGCUUUACUCGCGAUUCGCGUCGUACUACGAACUACGGGGAGGAAGAAUCGAAGAUGCCAUCAGAAAAUUUCCGGCCAAAUACAAUUCACGGCUAUUAUUUAUAGCAUUUUGACGGCUUUCGCAACAGUACACGCUCGUCUCUCGCGAGAGACACCCGUAUACGUAAAAUUAUAAUAACACCAUAAGAGUUAUUAUUAUUUAACACCAAAGAAGCGAGGUUACCGGCAUUUUAAUAAGAUCCCCAUUUACUGGACACUUUCAAAUUGGAAAUGUCGCAAGGAAUCGAGAGAUUUUUUCUGUUGUCCUACUGCCUGGCAUGUUGCUGGCCCGGGCUGGGUGCCAAGAGUGACCUACGAGUGGUGAGACAAUGGGCAGAACUGGACUUCGUGUUCCCCAGCGAGGAAGCCAAACAAAUAGCUAUUCAAAAGCGCUACUAUGUACCUGGAAAUUCCGUGCCCAUAGACGUCGAUGUGCAUCAUAGACAAGGACCAUACCCAUCCCGUAUCUUCGUGACAAACCCUCGGUUUGAUGUAGGUCGGCCGAUCACAUUGGGCACAGUGGAUGAAUCUGGCAGAAUUGUCGCCUACCCAGACUACUCAUGGCAUGACAACCAGGGAUCCAACUGCGCCGGCAUGUCCUCGGUCUUCAGAGUUGCUAUAGAUGAAUGCCAGCGACUAUGGGUCAUGGACGCCGGUAAGAUCGAAGACAAGCAAGUGUGCCCUCCUCAGCUGCUCGCCUUCGACCUGGCGACCGACCAACUCAUCUACCGCCAUGUCGUCAACUCCUCAAACUAUGUGGAACAGUCCCUGUAUGUCACACCUAUUGUGGAUGUGCGUCCUCGCGGGCCCGGUGAUUGUGCAAACACAUUCGUGUAUGUAGCUGAUGUGUCGGCCUUCAGUAUUCUAGUGGUCGAUGUGAUGAGAGACCAGGCCUGGCGCACCACUCACCGACUUUUCUACCCCUUCCCGUCUCGAGGAACUUUCACUAUUGAUGGGGAAAGCUUUGACCUGAUGGACGGUAUAUUAGGUAUGGCUCUCUCACCAUACCAUCCCGGCAGAGAUCGCUUCCUCUACUUCCACUCACUCGCUGCCACUACGGAGAACGUAGUGAACACGAAAGUCCUCAGGAACAAUUCUUACAUGCAUGACCCUAGCAUUGACCCAGACGCAAUUUAUGUCUUCCCGAAACAACGCUCGUCGCAAUCAGCAGCUGAAGCCAUAGACCGCAACGGCAUUAUGUACUUCGGUCUCAUGGACCCACCCAGUAUUCUGUGUUGGAAUACUGCCACCGAAUUCUCUUCUCAAAAUUUCCACACAGUAGCUGCCGAUAAGGAAACCUUACAGUUUGCAAGUGGUGUAAAAAUUGUAUUAAACGCCAGAGGAGAAGAGGAACUUUGGGUGUUAACAUCAAGUUUUCAAAGAUUAAUGACAGGAACGCUUUCGGCGGACAGAAUAAACUUCAGGAUACAUGCUGAGAAAGUUCCAAUAAUCUUAGCGAACUCACCGUGCAAAGAUUCCCCAAAUGGUCGAAAGGGCUAUCAUGCCAACCUGGUCGACAGGUCCUCGGACGGUCACACGUAUCGGCCGAGCAGAUAUGGCAGUGCCUCGUAUCUGUAGAGAUUAGUGCCAUGUCAGACCGAUUGCUCAGGAAAUUUGUGAGAAAUAAUAUGCCAUAAGACAUCUAAGUUACUUCCUUGUCAUCAAAAGUUGCUCAGAGUCCUUUCUUAUAAAUAUGGCUACGGUGUAGCCAGGUGAAACCGUAAAGUGGCAUCUUAAUAAAUUUUAAAUUUGAUAAAUUUUCGUAAUUUAUUUAAUAAGUGGCACGUAAUCUGUUCUUACUGAAACCUUAGCAGAGACAGUUUUCUUAACAUGCUGUUGUGUUUUUAUUUUAUGUAAAACUAUAAAAAGUUUGUAACAUGCUUGAACACCAAAGUCAUUCCUUAAAUUAUAAUGUCCCGUUAAUAUGUCAUGUUAUGUUAGUUACCUAUGUUAUGUAACCGAUUUAAUAUUAAAUAAUAAAACGAUUUAAAUUUUA